AUGCCUCAAAAGGAGUAUGCCCCUGAAGCUUGGGCGUUAGAGCCCGCGACGGACUCGUCAACACCCAAGAUCAGCCUUCGCAACAACGACAAGACAAGUGCUUUCACCUUCACGUUGGAAGCGAUACGCACCAAUGUCUUCAGGACCACCUUUACAUCAGACACUCACCUGCUGCCGCCGCACCCUAGCAUUCCCCGGCAGGCCCUGGAGUCACAGCUGAGCCCUGGCUCGGCCACCGUCGAACAGACAGACAACAAGAAGAGCUUCCGCUUGGGUGAUGUCUCUGCCUCUGUCGACUGGUCCGAUGGCGCGCCUCUCGUCACAAUUAAUUUGAAGGGUUCUGAAUCUGCCCUACACGAGGAUGUGCCGCAUCGCUCUUACGCCGUCAAUGGCGCUGGCGUCGCGCAUUAUUCGCGCUACAGGCGGAAUACCCUACACGUCGGACUCGGCGAGAAGGCGGCGCCCAUGGAUCUCUCUGGCCGGCGCUUCCAAUUGUCCGCCACGGACAGUUUUGGCUACGAUGUCUACCGUACAGACCCUCUGUACAAGAACAUUCCGUUGCUCAUCAACGCCACGCCGUCAGGUUGCAUUGCGCUCUUCUCGACUGCACACACCCGCGGAGAGUAUUCCAUCGGCGCGGAGAUGGAUGGUAUGUGGGGACACUACAAGGUCUAUAGACAAGACUAUGGAGGCCUCGAAGAGAUCAUUAUUGUCGGCAAGACUCUGAAGGACAUUGUCGGCACUUAUGCACAGCUCGCGGGCUUUCCGCUGCUUGUGCCGCGAUGGGCAUUCGGGUACCUCUCCGGUGGAAUGAAGUACUCAAUGCUCGACGACCCGCCAGCUUCAGAAGCACUGCUAGAAUUGGCGCGAAAAAUGAAGGAGUACGAUAUUCCUUGCUCGGCGUACCAAAUGUCGUCUGGCUACACAGUGGCCGAGACGCCGCCGAAGACCCGAAACGUCUUUACCUGGAAUCGCCAUCGCUUUUCGGACCCUGAAGGCUUCAUCAAGGAAUAUCACAAGCUCGGCAUGCGACUUAUUGCCAAUGUCAAGCCCUAUGUUCUGGCGAAUCACCCCGAGUAUGGAAAGCUGAAAGCGGCCGGUGCCUUGUUCAAGGACCCCCGGACUGGCGAUACUGCCGUGACCCGGCUUUGGAGCGCUGGCGGCGGCGAGAGUGGCGAAGGCGGCCACAUAGACUUCACAUCGGCGGCGGGCUUCAAGUGGUGGUACGAAGGGGUCCGUCAGCUUCGACGAGAAGGCAUUGACUGCAUCUGGAACGACAACAACGAGUACACAAUCACCGACGACGAGUGGCAGUGCGCUUUAGACGAGCCAUCUGUUCGCGACGCAUCGGAUACGGCCAAGGCUCGUCCGCAGGUCGGACUUUGGGGUCGCAAUCUGCACACCGAGCUACAUGGCAAGGCCUCACACGACGCCCUCCUCGACGAGGAUCCCGACUCGCGACCUUUUGUCCUCACUCGCAGCGCCACGGCCGGCACUCUUCGGUACGCUUGCAGUUCCUGGAGCGGCGACAACGUGACGUCUUGGCCUGGAAUGAAGGGCGCCAACGCCAUUGCUCUCAACGCCGGGUUCAGCCUUAUGCACUGCUACGGCCACGACGUCGGCGGCUUUGAAGGUCCCCAGCCGAGCCCUGAGCUGCUCGUGCGCUGGGUGCAGCUCGGCGCCAUGUCGCCUAGAUUCGCAAUCAACUGUUUCAAAACGGGCGGGGACAAUAACGUCGGCGACGUAAUUGAGCCGUGGAUGCACCCCGAGGUCACGCCGCUUGUCAGACAGGCCAUCAAGAGGAGGUAUGAAAUGAUCCCCUACCUGUACUCGCUCAUGCUGGUCAGCCAUCAAGAGGCUGUGCCGCCGCAGCGAUGGACUGGCUGGGGCUAUGAGGCAGACCCAGAGGUGUGGACGAACAAAACAAUUACAGACGGAGAGACACAGUAUUGGCUUGGCGACGCGCUGCUCGUGGGAGGUGUGUAUGAGCCAGGUGUUAGCCAGGCAUCGGUCUACCUUCCAAAGGCAGGCGAGGACGACGAAGGUUUCAUCAACAUCAACAGUCCGUACGAGCACUUCGAGGCCGGGCAAUGGGCUACGGUCGAUGCGCAAUGGCAUGGCGCUGGCAUACCCAUCCUCGCCAAGGUUGGCUCCGCCAUACCAAUCGGUCGGGAUGCGCAAGUGCUUUCGCCCGGCGAGAAGGAGAAUGUCGCAAGCUUGCCUUUGGACGACUACCGGGGUGUCGAGAUCUUCCCGCCACCCAAGGGUAAGGGAGUGGAUGGCAGGUGGUAUAAGACUACCUGGUACGAAGACGACGGCGUGUCGACGGUACAGAAGAACAGGGUGUCCAGCUACACGAUUGCGUAUAGGGUCAAGGGGUCGGUUGUGGAGGUAACUUUUGCAAGAGACGAGAGCUCUGGGUUUGUUGCCCCGUGGAAGACCCUGACUAUUUUCCUCCCAGUGGGCGACAUGAGGGACCUAACUAUCGAGGGCCAGGAUGUGGAGUUGGUGGGCACAGAUAAAGCCGGACGCAGGUCGUUUCGUAUCGCGGUGUAG